AUGCGUGCAAGUUCCAUUGAUAUUCGUCCGAAUGCAAAAUGGGCACAGAGUGGUAUCACUGUUGCUGGAGGAAAUGGACAAGGCAGUGAAACCAAUCAACUCAAAUGGCCAUAUGGCUUGUACGUCGAUGAUGAUCAAACGAUUUAUGUCGCUGAUUGGUUGAAUCAUCGUAUUGCGGAAUGGAAAUCUGGUGCAACGAAUGGAAAAGUAGUUGCUGGUGGAAAUGGACAAGGACAUGAAGCACAUCAAUUACAUGGCCCACGAGAUGUGAUUAUCGACAAAGAGAGCGAUAGUCUCAUCAUCAGUGAUUGGGGGAAUAACAGAGUAGUUCGAUGGCCUCGUCGAAAUGGUACUCGUGGAGAAACAAUUAUUUCAAAUAUCUCUUGCUUCGGUUUGACAAUGGACGACAAUGGCUUUCUCUAUGUCGUUGACUGGAAACAACAUGAGGUGAGACGAUAUAAAAUUGGUGACACUAAAGGAACAGUGGUUGCAGGUGGCAAUGGAAAAGGAAAUCGUCUCGAUCAACUCUCUGAACCCCGCUACGUAUUUGUCGAUCAAGAUCAUUCAGUAUAUGUGUCUGAUUAUGGCAAUCAUCGUGUAAUGAAACGGGAACAAGGUGCAAAACAAGGCAUUGUCGUAGCCGGUGGUCAAGGAAAAGGAAAUAGUCUUACACAAUUGAAUAGUCCUCAAGAAGUUGUUGUCGAUCAAUUGGGUACUGUCUAUGUGGCUGAUUUUGGGAAUCAUCGAAUCAUGCGUUGGCCAAAAGGAGCUACACAAGGAAGUGUCAUUGUUGGUGAAAAUGGUCAAGGAGCACAGUCGAAUCAACUCGAUGGUCCCAUUGGUUUAUCAUUCGAUCGACAUGGCAAUCUCUAUGUCGUCGAUUGGGGAAAUAAUCGAGUACAAAAAUUUAAUAUGGAAUAA